AUGGUGGAGGGAGGAGUUCAGAAACUGGAUGCGGAAGAGUUCGCAGAGUGCUUCAAAACAACAUGGAAGCAUCCUUAUAUCAUGCGCCUAGCCUUGUCUGCUGGCAUUGGAGGUCUUCUCUUCGGAUAUGACACAGGAGUUAUCUCUGGCGCCCUUCUCUAUAUUCGAGAUGACUUUCCAUCUGUUGACAAGAAAACAAUUUUACAGGAAGUCAUCGUGAGCAUGGCAGUAGCAGGAGCCAUAUUUGGUGCUGCAGUUGGCGGAUGGAUAAAUGACAGGUUUGGAAGAAAAAUGUCAAUCUUGGGAGCAGAUAUUUUGUUCUUUGCUGGUGCAGUGAUCAUGGCUUUUGCCCCUAAUCCUGAAGUUAUAAUCGUGGGAAGAGUUUUUGUUGGUUUGGGAGUUGGAAUGGCUUCCAUGACUGCACCUCUUUACAUUUCGGAAGCAUCCCCUGCUAGAAUUAGAGGGGCUCUUGUUAGCAUGAAUGCUCUGUUGAUUACAGGAGGACAAUUUUUGUCAUACCUUAUAAAUCUUGCCUUCACAAGGGUCAAUGGAACUUGGCGUUGGAUGCUUGGAGUGGCAGGACUUCCAGCUCUGAUUCAAUUUAUAUUGAUGUUGUCCCUUCCAGAGUCCCCUAGGUGGCUCUACAGAAAGAACAAAAAAAAUGAAGCCAUCGAAAUUUUGAGGAAACUAUAUCCUGAAGACCAAGUUGAAAGAGAAGUGGAGGCCUUACGAGAAUCUGUUGAAAAUGAAAUAGCAGAGGAGGGUAGCAUUGGUAAUGGUAAUGUGUUCACUACGCUUGGGAAAGCAUGGGGUAAUGUGGUUGUCCGCAGAGGGCUUAUUGCUGGUGUUGGGCUGCAAGUGGCUCAACAGUUUGUUGGAAUCAACUCUGUCAUGUAUUAUAGUCCCACCAUAGUUCAAUUGGCUGGAUUUGCUUCUAACAAGACAGCUCUGGCUCUCUCUCUUAUUACUUCUGGUCUCAAUGCUGUGGGUUCCAUUGUUAGUAUAUUCUUUGUUGAUAGAUCUGGGAGGAGAAGGCUGCUGAUUCUCAGUUUGCUUGGAAUCAUAUUUUGGCUCAUCGUGCUAUUUGGUGUGUUUAACCUAGCAGCUAUCCAUUCUCCGGCAGUUGCUAAGUUAGAUUCUGCCAAAUUUGGGGCAAAUGGUACAUGCCCGCAUUACCUUAAUGCCCCAGAUGCAUCAUCAUGGAAUUGCAUGAAAUGUUUAAAAGGAUCUACAGAUUGUGGGUUCUGCGCUAAUGGAGGCAAUCGUCUUAAACCUGGUGCAUGUUUUGCUUCAAACGAGGGAAUGAGAAGUUCAUGCCAAGGCGAACAUGGUGAAUGGUUCACUAGAGGAUGUCCAAGCAGUUUUGGAUUCUUGGCAUUAGUGAGCUUGGGGCUCUACAUUAUCUGUUACUCACCUGGGAUGGGAAGUUGCCCUUGGCUUAUCAACUCAGAGAUUUACCCAUUGAGAUACAGAGGAUUUUGUGGAGGCAUUGCUGCUGUUGCUAACUGGGUAGCAAACCUUUUUGUUAGUCUAACAUUCUUGUCUUUAACUCAAGCUCUAGGCUCAGCCUACACAUUUCUCCUGUUUGCUGGUUUUUCUUUCUUGAGUCUGGUGUUCGUCUACUUCAAUGUACCAGAGACCAAAGGUCUGCAAUUUGAGGAGGUCGAGAAAUUGCUUGAAAGAGGUUUCAAGCCUUGGCCUUUCAACAAAGGAUCAGACGAAGGAGAAAGAAACUCACUUGAGAUGAAACCAGUCAAGUGAUUGAAUAGCUCUUCACUCAUAUGCUUUAUCUUGUUAAUUAUAAGGACCUUAUUAUGCCAUUGAUUGUACCUCAUCCGUUUAGUUAUGUUCCUGCAAAUGCCAUUACAAUGUCAAUGUCUAGGUCAACUAUAGCAGUUCUUCUAUCUAUAAAUUGGGGAAUACUGUAUAAAUUGGGGAAUACUGUAGUUGUUUCUUCUAUGUAUAAAUUGGGGAGUACAGAAAUUGUUUCUUCAAUUUUUAGAUUGGAGAAUACUGUAGUUGUUUCUUCUAUGCAUAAAUUGGGGAAUACUGAAAUUGUUUCUUCAAUGUAUAGAUUGGAGAAUACUGUAGUUGUUUCUUCUAUGUAUA